ACAGGCCCAUUAGUCCUCUCAGGCUCAGGUCAUAGAUCUCUCUAGAAAAGUAAAUCCCAGAGAACCAGCAGUCGCUUUGCCUGCGUCAAUCACCCGGUUUUCGUGUCCCCAACUCCCAACCAAGAGAAGUCUCCAAUUUGUCUCACCGUACUUUUUAGUUCUAAUAUAUGGCGGACGAGGAACCUGUAGAUCCAAAGAAGUAUCUUGAGGAAGCUUGCAAGCCUAAGUGUGUGAGGCCAUUGCUUGAAUAUCAGGCAUGUGUUAAGAGAAUUCAAGGCGAUGAGAGCGGGCACAAACAUUGUACAGGGCAGUACUUUGAUUACUGGUCCUGUGUUGAUAAAUGUGUUGCACCAAAGCUGUUUACGAAACUGAAGUAGUAGGGAUGUGUCAGGGCACCUCCGUUUCCUACCGAAUCCUUCUAAAUGUCAGAUCUUGUGCUUAUUUCACUCAUUUGGGGCAAUCUCCUUUCAUUUUGAUCAGCAAACAUUUUUUGAAUUAGAAUAAUGGAACAUGUCUUGGAUUUAUUGCAUUGCAACUUGCAAGAAGUUGAAGGUGAUAUCAUGCGAGGUCAUGUUGAAAAUUUUAAAGAUGGAGACUAUAUAUUGCUUAAAGCAUAACCAUAUGCUUAUACCUUUCUAUUUUAUGAGAGACGAUGCUUUCCAUGA